CCACAUGCUUGAAUGCUGCAUAGUUUUACAUUAUGUUCAAUAAUUUACAUCUACUUUCUUGCCGUAUUAGUUAAUGUCUUUAAACCACAAUAGCUAGAUUUUUUUUUUUCGUUCUGAAGCAGGACCGCUUAAACUAAGAUUCAAAAUUUGAAAUCUGUUCGAUAUUUCUGGGCCAUGUCUCUGAUUCAUAAACUGCUUUUUUAGAGUUUUAGAAAAUAUUUUAUCAGUGGAAAUCUCUUGAUUCACUGAAGCUGCUUGUCAAGACAAACUCCUCACGCAGGGACAGCCUGCCUUUCUUGCAGAACCUGUUUGCGGGCUCCUAUUUUGUGAAAAGUUUAGACUUUAGUGCAACAUUUUGUCAGGAUUUGCUGAGACUUGGAAAAUCCAGGAAUUUCAACAAGACCAAGAAACAGAUGAAUAUGGUUUUAUUUGCUGGCUACUGAAGAUGUGGUGGGUGGCGUGGGUCCUCGCUGCUUUAGUGUUUCUCUUCUGCACUCUGGAUGUGUGGUACUUCCUGCGAGCGGGCGCCGUUCUUUUGCGGGCCUGGUUUCAACCUCCAGUGUGGGACGUCACGGGAGAGCAGGUCAUGACGGGACGCGUCACUCCACGCGACAUCGACAUGUGCCACAUGAACAAUGCCCGGUACCUCCGGGAGUGCGACUUCGCUCGCUUCUCUCUCUACAUGCGUAACGGUGUGUUCAAAGCAACGCGGGCCCUCGGAGCCAACCUGGUUGUGGGGGCCACAACCAUCCGCUACCGCAGGGCUCUGUGUAUAGGAGAGGGAUACGAUCUGUGCAGUCGGAUCGUCACUUGGGAUGACAAAGCUUUUUUCCUGGAGCAAAGGUUUGUGUCCACUAAAGACAGACUGGUGUGUGCCGUCAUGUACUGCAAGCAGAGUGUGAUACGAAGCAGCCCUGACAAGAUCUUACAGCACCUGUGUAAAAGGAAGGUAGAGCCUCCUGAGUUUCCAGAGGACCUGCAGCAUUGGGUCAACUUUAUUUCUGCCAGCAGCCAGGCCCUGAGAGCUGAGAGUGGCCUUGAGGAGAAGAACAAAUAGUUGGACGGACAGUAUGUCGGCCUGAGGCUCGCCAUCAUCUCAGAGAGAAAUUAAUAAUCUGAACAACUAUGUCACUGCUUCACUGUUGUGCCUGUUCUUUGAACCCAGUAUUUAAAGAUGUAACACUGGAAUAUUGGUGUACAUUGCAUUGAAAAUGUACGGAUGUACAGCGUUACAUCACAACUUUUCUAACUGUAAAUAUCUAACAUAUGGCAGGUUUUAUAGCAGCAGCAAUAAAACUUAUCCAUGGGUUAAGGUGUGAGUUUCUUACUGGAGCAAAUUGUGCUUUUAAAGCAUAAAAAUAUUAGAAGUAAAAAUGACUUCUUGAGCUUUAA